AUGAACGUGACUGGCUUAGCAGCCGUGUGGGAGGCCGAUGAGUCUCUGCGUGAGAGACUUCGCAAGGACCGCAAGGUCUGCAUUCAUCCAAUGUCGCAGCGCUGGUGUGAACCUUCGAGGGUCAACGCUGUGAACAACAGCAUUGUCUUGCUUCCGGCUUUGCGUCGCCUGAGGGAGACAGACGAGUGGAAGCUCCCUUACCUGGAGCAGCUCCAGGUGGAGAUUGGCCUCCUUUUCGAAAAGGUUUCCGUGCCAGUUGAUGACAAGACAGUGUACACAUCGUCUGUCGAGGUCAAAAAGCUUCUGGGUUUCGUGAAGCGACGUGCCAAGCGGCAUGAAGUUUUGACUCGACGACAGCAACUGGCGGCCAAGAAGAAUGGCAAGAACCAGGAGGCUGCCGAGGGCAAUGGUGAGGGUGAGGCUGAGGGUGAUCAUGGUGAUGAUGAUCAGAAUGGGCAACCUGUGAUGAAGAAGCCGGCAGCUAGGGCAAAAGCUGCCGGCAAAGCAAAGGCAGCAGCCAAGAAACAAGUUCAGACUGAGAAGGCCACCGAUGCAGAACCAAAGGCAAAGUCAGCAGCGAAGAGGAAAGCCAGGAAGAGCAAGGCAGCCGAAGAGCAACAUGAGCCAGAGCAGGAAGAGUCUGAGGUGCCUGAGGGCGAUCAGAAUUUGGACUCUACCAAGCGCAGGUUGUUCAAGGAUGGAGAUCAAGACCCCCCAGCGCCUGCAGAGGAAGCUGUUGGAGCUGACCCACCUCGCAAGCGUCGCAAAAGGCGCACUCCUGCUGCUGAUGCGGCUGACCCUUCUGGUCAAUCCAAAAAGUCACCCGAGGCCAAGGUGAAAGCCAAAGCGGCUCCCCGCCGCCGGAAGGGAGCCGAUGGCGAAGAUCAGAAGUGUGAGGAUGGUCAGGAAGCACAGCCCAAGAGGAGAGCAAGGAAGUCCAGGCAGCAAAGAGAGGCUGAGGAGGCGGUUUUGGCCAGCCGUAUGAACAUGGAGGAUGACGUGAUGAAGGGUGUGGUUCUGCAAGUCCUGCGUGAGGUCAAGACCAUGACCGUGGACGAGCUCAAGGACCAUUUGUCCAGCAAGAAGGACAGCUUGGCUGGGAAGAAUUCCACCUUGAACGUGUACUGGUCCAGGACCAAUUCCCGAUGCAAAUACUUGUUGGACCCUGCCACACCGGACACGGCCAACUUCUACUUCACCUCAGGGACUUGGAAUACCCGAAUGGCAGCAGCCUUCAUUGGGUCGUGGCUGAUGGCUUGUUGGAUGGACACCAAGGAUGAGGCUGUCUUAUCCCAGUGGGAAGAUCCGACUUCAGAGUUUGCAGUGGAGGAAGCCAAGAUCAAGUUCAACGUCGCUGGAAGGUGGUCUAUGAGAGCUCGCCUCAAAUGCAAGAAGUGGGCCCUCAAGCAGGGUCUUGACCAUGAACCCCGAACAGCUGACAUGUUUGCGGCUACUUUGUGGGAAGACCCCCCUUCAUUCCAGUGGGUGGAGUUUUUUGCUGGUAAGGCUGAGGCUACACGUAUGUUCCGUGAAAGCCACUUUCGAACUGGGAAACUUGACAUCACCUACAUGCGUCCUGGAAAGUCUGGUUUCAACCCCAUGGACCUGUUGACUGAUUCAGGUUUUGCGUUAGCCAUUGAAACGGUUCUACUGGGAGAUCAUGAGAAUGGCUGGGUGCUAGACUUAGGACGACUACAGGGAUGGGCCAAGAAGGUUCGUCAAGAUGAGGCUGCCGGGGUUGAGCGAGUGAAGUUGGUAACCAAGUACAUUGACAAAGCUGGGAAAAAGCGAUACAAAGGAUCAGCUUCGCUUCGUUCCAGCGAGCACUAUCCAGCAAAGUUUGGGCGAAAGUUGGUCUCCAUCUUUUCCGACCUGAUCAGUGACAAGCGUGGGCUGCCUACUCUCCCUGACAGGGUUCCGCCCGCCGAGGAAACAUUUUCCCAGAUGUCUUUUGAUGACCAUUGGCAGGACGCCCAAGUGGUGGCAGUAUGCCACUGGCUACGUGGUGGGAAACAGUUAGACAUCCCGCAAAGUUUCAGAGACAUUAUCCCCAAAAAGUUGUAG